AUUAUCUUAGCGCGAAAAGUUGCAAGUGGUUUUGUGAGGUUUUCGUUUGUAUAAAAGCUAAUCGCUUUAUUAAGUUAACUUAAAAAUGUCGGAUGAAAUUGAAAAUAUAAUACUGCCAAAAACAUUGGAGGAGUUCACAGAAACUGACAGUUUAAGCGAUGCAUUGAAAGAUCCUAAAUUUUUGGCCAAAGUCCCAUUGUUAAACUAUACGCCUUUGCACAAACUCAAGAACCAUGCUUUAGUGCGUUUUCGUGGCAUGAUACAAGAUAUGGUGGAUCCAGAAAUAUAUUUAGAAAAAUACGAAGUAAAGAGUGAUAAUGGUGACACCAGACUGCAAUGUGGAAAAUUUCGUGACACUCUUGUUAUGAAAAACGGUGAAAACGUCAAUUUUGAAUCAAAUGCUAAUGUGCAUGGAGAAAGACGCACACUUUUUGUUGUUUCAAUACCUGGUCUAAAUGAAUGGGCCCAAACUUAUGAAACAGAUUGUAAUAAACAAAAUUUGGAAAACGCAGCGAACGCAAAAAGUAGUGAAAAUGCAACUUCAAAAAAACGUGCUUUUACAGAUGAAGGAUUACUUAUGGAAACAGAAGAUAUACCGUCUACAGGUACAAAUGAUAAAACUGUUAAUGGAACAAGUAAAAGACAGUGUUUGGAAAGUGAGACCAUAGCUAACACAGAAUCAAAAAGUUCGCUAAUUGGAGUUCAAUACAUGUUGAACUCCCCUAUACCUGAACGCCCUAGUUUAGCAUGUAUGGUUAAAAUAUAUAAUGAUCUUGAAGAUUAUAUUCUAGAUACAGUAAUUGAUGCCGUCGGUUUCUUGUCCGUAGAUCCAUCUUUGGAUGGUACCGCAAUGGAUACUGACGAGUGUCAGUACAUUAGUGCAACGGAGUUGCAUGCACAGAAUCCACCACCUUCGAUUAUACCACGUUUACAUGCAAUUGUUGUGCAUAGAUUGCGUCAUUGUAAUCCCUUGUUAGACGAGCGUAUUUUAGCGUUAAAACCACAUCCAAUAGUAGAUGCUGUUAAUGCAUUCAAAGAUUUGCACAGGAUGUUAACGUUGUGCUUGUUCAAUGAUUCAUUAGCAGCAGACUAUCUCAUUUCACAUCUAAUAUCCACUGUAUAUAAUCGUUCGGAAGGUGAAAGUAUUGGUAAAUUUUCUUUAAAUAUCUAUAAUUUUCCGCAGAAAGAUUUAUCUACAUACACGGAUAAGUUAUAUAAAAUUUUAGAACUACUUCUGCCAGCAAGCCAUUAUCUGCCAAUGACCUUGGAUAACAUCAACAACAGUACAUUUGUACCCAAAAAAGAUUACGAAACAAACAAACUCGUUUCUGGUUUACUGCAGCUGGCGCCUCACACGCAUCUCGUGUUGGAUGAGACGCAUAUGCAACAAGGACAGUUAAACAGUCAAGGGGUUUUGGCUAUGCAAAAUAUCGUACAUCUUGUUAAAAAUCAAGAGAUCCAAUGUGAUUUUCAAUAUUAUAACAUGAAAUAUUUGGCAGAUGUGCCAGUUCUAGUGUUUAGCGAAGGCAAGACCAUGAUUCCAAUGCAUUUUAGAAUUCCAAUUAACACCGAUAACAACACCGCAGAAAUAAUUAUGGAAACUUUAAAAGCUGCACAUCAUUAUUUGCAACCUGAUCGUUUAGAUCAAUUUAGACGUUUCAUCACGGAAGCAAAACUCUGUGAAUUUUCUAUGGAUCCGGAGAAUAUGGAAAUGAUACAGACAGAUUAUGUACAAAUGCGUAAAGACAAAAUUAUCAAUAGCAGCGAUGAAUUACAUUCCUUGCUCACAUUGUCACGCUUGCUAGCAAUAGCAAGAGGGAAAAAAGUGCUCGAUAAGGAAUCUUGGGAAUUGGCAAAGGAAAUGGAACAUAAACGGAGAGAGCGUAUAAAGGAAUUACCCAAAUUCAAACCUAAAGUUUAAGUACAAAAUGUUUUAAAUGUUAUUAUUUAUUCAAAUAAAAAAUCUCUUAGUUUUUAUAAA